CCCUCCAGUGAAAACUGAGAUUACUCGGGGAAGGAACAACAAGGACCAUGAAACGAGAAACCUGGAUGUUAUUUUUUGGGGAAAAUCUUUACUAUUUAUCUUAACGGGUUCUCAAAUUAAACAUAUCUAAGUAGGAUAAUAUACGCAAAGGAUAGUGAAUAAAGAAUUGUAUCCAAACGUUCGCAAACGUUGACAACAACAAAACUAUCCGCAUAAUUCGCAGUGUGUCCGAAGUUAGUUAGCUAGUUCUGCUAAUCAGUUAGCUAACGGUUGCUAACCAGCUAACUGACAAGAACCACGAAAAACCAGCGAGACAAGUCAACAAGUAAUAAAUGUUACCUUUAAAAAAAAAAAAGAACUUGAACUACGGAUGAUAAAUACAUCGAGGAUUUUUGGAAAUCGACUUUUUUUCCGAAAGAAGCGCAACAACUACAAGACAAGCGUAAAUGUUUGGGGAACGGGGACCGGUUGGCCGUUGUGGCAACCUCACCGUGUAUCGACGCUGGUCAAAUCCGGUUCAGUGGAGCCUGUUUUCCCUGCUGUUGGUGGAAGGGGCCGUGUGCCUAGCCAGCACUAGCACUACCCCAGCUCUGGGUAUCAACCAUCGGCCCAGUGUCAACGUUUACAUGAGUGAGGAAGAGGUCAAGAAACUUUUGGGUCUAGAUGCAGAGCUGUACUAUGUGAGGGAUGAUGUGGUGAACCACUAUGCUCUCUCCUUCAUCCUGCCUGUAUCCAGCGAGACCAACAGCCUGCACUUCACCUGGCGCUCCAAGGACAAGGUUGAUUACAGGAUGGGUUUCCAUGUAGACAACCCUGCAGCUAUGAACCAACCACAGAGCAACAUCUCUAACCAAGGGGAGGUGCCUCGCACAGCCUCAGUGUUCAGAGUGGACCUGUUCUGCUCAGGGAAGGUAGAUGGGGAAGCGGUUCUGACGGUUCAACUCAACCUCACCAUCCAUUCCAACAACUUCACAGUGCUCAACUUCAAGAGGAGGAAAAUAUGUCACAAACGAAUAGAUCCUGAUCUGAAGAUCCCUUCCGUCUCCAACAAUAAGACCGUUCAGCGGCCAGAGAAUGGAGUAUCCAUCCCCACCACGUCCACCAGGGUGUUCUAUAUCAGUGUCGGGGUGUGCUGCGCUGUCAUCUUCCUGGUAGCCAUUGUUCUGGCUGUUAUGCAUCUACACAGCAUGAAGAGAGUAGAGCUGGACGACAGUGUUUCAGACAGUGGCAGUUCCCAGGGCCUGUCCCAGCCGUCCACCCAGACCACCCAGUACCUGAGAGCUGACACACCCAACAACGCCAGUGCUGUCACCAACCAUCACCCUGGCACUGCACCCAUUCUCCAGCUUGCUGCCGCCACCUUCCCAAACCCUGGUGCCCCCGUCCAUGAAACCAAAAGCUACCCGUCCCUGCGUAUAGAGAAGAACGACCUGAGAAGCGUUAGUCUGCUGGAAGCCAAAGCCAAGGUCAAAGACAUCUCCAUCUCCAGACUGAGAGUCACUCUACGGGACGUCCUGCACGAAGGAACGUUUGGCCGCAUUUUCCAUGGUGUUCUGUUGGACGAGAAGGACCCGGCCAAGGAGAAGCAGUGCUUUGUGAAGACUGUAAAAGAGCAUGCAUCUGAGGUGCAGGUGACCAUGAUGCUUACGGAGAGCUGUAAACUACGAGGACUUCAUCACAGGAACCUGCUCCCCAUCAGUCAUGUGUGUACGGAGGAAGGAGAGAAGCCUAUGGUACUGCUGCCCUAUAUGAACUGGGGUAACCUCAAACUGUUCCUGAGACAGUGCAAGCUGGCCGAGGCCAACAACCCACAGGCCAUCUCCCAGCAGGACUUAGUCCACAUGGCAAUCCAGAUAGCAUGCGGGAUGAGCUACCUGGCCAGAAGAGAGGUCAUCCACAAAGACCUAGCCUCCAGGAACUGUGUUAUUGACAACAGCAUGCAGGUGAAGAUCUGUGACAACGCCCUGUCCAGAGACCUGUUCCCCAUGGACUACCACUGUCUGGGAGACAACGAGAACAGGCCGGUCCGCUGGAUGGCCCUGGAGAGCCUGCUCAACAAUGACUUCUCUACUGCUAGUGAUGUGUGGGCGUUUGGUGUGACCCUGUGGGAGUUGAUGACCUUGGGACAGACUCCCUACGUCGAUAUCGACCCCUUCGAGAUGGCAGCCUAUCUGAAGGAUGGAUACAGAAUAGCACAGCCAAUCAACUGUCCCGAUGAACUGUUUGCAGUGAUGGCGUGUUGCUGGGCCCUGGAUCCAGAGGAGAGGCCUAAGUUCCAGCAGUUGGUCCAGUGUCUGACGGAGUUUCAUGCGGCGUUGGGGGCGUACGUGUAAAAUCCACCCCCCAGGCUUGUGUACGGACCAGUCUGAAAGGACCAGCAGGCCCAGGAGUUACUGAACAGCACUAAUCACCAUGAGAAAUACAUUUACAAACCUUGUGCCUUAUUAAAAAGAAAGAACAGACUUUCAUCGUCAUGACAAUGUUUUGUAAAGUAUAGAUUUUUUUUUCUGUAUGUCUGUUGAAUCACAUUUCCGUUGUGUAGUCGAAGUGGAAAUAAUUGGUAUUUCUGGAGGCUUCAAGCUGUUCUCUCAGCCAAGUACCAAGGAUUCUCUUUCUGAGGUUGUCAUAUUUUCCCAGCAUGCAUCACAAGCUUCCAGAAUAAGACCUAUGAAAGAAGACCCACAAGGACGUUGCCGCCAUUUUCCUAACGAGUACACCCUGAGGACCUGUUUUUGAAGACACACCAUGCUAAUAUGUUGUUUCUACAGUUGUUUUGUUUUGUAUCUUAGAGAAUUAGAGAUGUACAUUUGUGGUUGUAGAUCUGUUUUCAGUGAGAGGUUUGACAACACACCAGAUUAAGCUUUAAUGUACAGUACAGUGGUAGGGUACCAAAAUGGACAGAGGGUCUCAAAUUGCACCCUAGUCCCUACAUAGACCUCUGGUCUAAAGUGGUGCACUAUAUAGGGAAUAGGGUGCAAUUUCGGGACUUGGAUAGAGCUUUGUCUGCGUACUAUAGAGAUGCUGUUUCUUUCUGUCAUGGUGUGGUAAACUCAUGGUAGGCUUCUCGAGGGAUCGAACGGUCAGUCGCUAAGGCCUAAGCGGAUCUAAUCUGCUGUGGACUUGUUGUGGAUAAUGACUUGUGCUGUUUGUCUCUUGUCUCGUCUGUCCUGAUCUCCACUGAAGGACCUACUGAACAUUCAUUCAUUUCCCUUUACCUUGGGAGACAUGGCAAUGAAGCGGCGUAGCUGACGAUAUUGUCGUCCCAUCCCAUGAUCCUCAGCAUCUGUUCCAAGUCAGUGUGGUGUGGACCAGCCUGGAUGCCUAUUACAGGCCUGCGACGGUACACUACAUACCCUGAAUGGACUUGCUAUAUACAAGAUUUGUGUUGUGUCUUCCACCAUCGUCCUCCUUUUGGAUGUUCACUAUCCACAACUAUCAAUUCCAAUCUCACAAAUAUCUGGGGAAGAAAUAUCUAACAAGAUUGUCAUUAUUAUUAUUCCUUGUUUUUUACUUCGAUGGUUCUGUCAGAACAAAACCCAGGUUGCCAAACACACGCUGUUUUGAGAACGAGAAAAUACGACUUUAUACUAGAACACUAAUAAUCACUGUGAAAAAUCAGAAUAACUGCCAACCCUGGCAACAUUACGGCCAAGCUCUGGUCCAAGGCGUGACGUGCUGCUUGUUCAUGCUGAGCCCUUUUACCAGAGCAAUAUCACGGCCUAAUAUUAUUUUCACAUCUAAAAUCUGUCUGAUUUUGUCUUCAAGAUCACUGCAUGUUAAAUUAAAGGGUAUUCAUUCUGUCAACUGAAAUUCAUAGAAAUUAAACGGGCUUUUCAUUUUCUUA